UUUCGGUCAAAAAUCACCUCUCGUCCGCUAUAAAAGUGGCCCCAAACCCACACCUCCGCAGUUCAGUUUUGGAAUAGCACAGCACAGCCAUGGUUCAAAUCGCCGGUACCUACCAACUCGAAAAGAACGAAAAGUUCGCCGAAUAUUUGAUGGCUUUGGGCAUUCCCGAAGACAAAGCCAAACUAGCUGACUCGCUCAAACCCAAACUUCAAGUGGUCGUUGAUGGGAAGAAAAUUUCAUUGAACAGCGACUCCGGAGUCGAGAAUGCCUCGUCGACUCUUAUAUUGGGCGAGGAAGUAGACGAACCGAUGCCUAAUAACUUUACCCUCAAAAGCACGGCCAAGCUGGAAGGAGACACCUUGACAAUCACCUCCAAAGCUCCCAGCGGCAAAGUUGGCAGCAGGGUCUACAAAUUCUCCGACAGCGGACUCGUUGUGACUUUGAACGCCGACGCCUCGGCUCCCGCUGGAAAGAGGCACUACAAGAGAGUUUAAAUGUGAUAACAAUGUUAAUUUCUGUUCAUAAUAAAUAAAUUUUGAAAAUAA